CCAAUCGGAGGUGGCGUCUAGUUGCCAGGGCGACAAUGGGGCCAGAGCCGAGUCCGCGGCCUGGACUGGCAGGCGAGCGCCAGUUAUUCUGGCUGCAGCAGAAACAUCGCACCACUAAAAAGAGACACUACAGGUCUGAGGGACAAUGCUCCAGAUCCCUGUCACGGACCAAUAAAGGGAAAAGACAUAUUAAAAUUUCAGGAGCAAGGAGAAAGAUCCUUCACCAGAAGUGCAAAAGAAUGAUUCCUUCAGGGGCUGAGAGUGAUUUUGAGGAGGAGUCAGCUGAUGAGGAAGCAGAGAAUGAGGAUGAGAGUCUGGCUGAGGAUUCGGAAGACGAAAUUGUGCCGGUUCAGAAACAAAUUAAUGUGCUGAAAAGGAAUGUAGCAGGCAGAGAUUUGGGAUCACACAUCAAACAGAGUAAACAGCUGGGAGACCAUGAGGGACUUCACAAGCAAGAACAGAUACUAACCAAUCAGAAAACUGAGGGAAAUAACAAAACUCUUAAGGAUGAAAUGCUCAAGAAAAAAAAGAAGAAGAAAAGGAGGUGUGUUGGAAUAAAUCUGCUUAAUUGCAAGUAUGAAAGUGUUCGUCGUGCAGCUCGUCAAUAUGGACUGAAGGAAGUUGGGGAUGAUGAAGAGUGCAUCUUGUACUGGACUGACUCCUCUGUUUCUCAUGAAAAAGUCAUGGAGAUUAAAAAUUUUCAGAAGAUCAAUCACUUUCCUGGAAUGAGCGAGAUUUGCAGGAAAGAUCUACUGGCCCGAAAUUUGAAUAGGAUGCUGAAACUCUUCCCAAAGGAGUAUAACAUCUUCCCACGAACAUGGUGUUUACCUGCUGAUUUUGGGGAUUUUCAGGCCUACUGCAGGAUGAAAAAGACCAAGACGUAUAUCUGUAAACCAGACUGUGGGUGCCAGGGUCGGGGGAUUUUCAUUACCAGAAACUUAAAGGACAUUAAACAAGGAGACCGCCUGAUCUGCCAGCAGUACAUUUCCAAGCCUUUCCUCAUAGAUGGCUUCAAAUUUGACCUCCGUGUCUACGUCUUGGUUACGUCCUGCGAUCCCUUUCGAAUCUAUAUUUACAAUGAGGGUCUGGCAAGGUUUGCAACCAGCAAGUACAGUGAACCCUCAAAUAGUAACUUGGAUGACAUCUGCAUGCACUUGACAAACUAUGCCAUCAACAAGCACAGCAAGAACUUUGUCAGAGAUGGGGACGGGAGCAGCAAAAGAAAACUGUCCUCAUUUAAUAAAUGGUUGGAGCAACGUGGACAUGACAUAACAAAGGUUUGGGCAGACAUUGAAGAUGUCAUCAUUAAGACUCUAGUUUCAGCCUAUCCGAUCCUAAAGCAUAAUUAUCGGACUUGUUUCUCCAGUCGCCUCUUUGGAAGUGUCUGUUUUGAGAUUUUAGGAUUUGAUAUCCUAAUGGAUCGCAAUUUGAAGCCAUGGCUCUUGGAGGUGAACCAUUCCCCCAGUUUCACUACAGAUUCCAGGCUAGACCGAGAGGUGAAAGACAACUUGCUGUAUGAUACUAUUUGUCUGAUAAAUCUUGGAGCAAGUGACAAACAAAAGGCAGCAGAAGAGGAGAGACGCAGAGUGCAGGAGCGCUUGUGGAACCGCCAGGCAUCUCGCGAAUUAAGGCGGGAGCAAUAUGAAAACCACCAGUUAGCCUGGCUUCAGCAGGUGGAAAAAUAUGAAAAGGAACAUCUGGGAGGAUUCCAUCGGAUUUACCCGAAGUCCGACUCUGAAAAAUAUGACAAUUUUUUUAAACAAAGUGGAUCACUCUUUCAAGAAACAAUCGCUUCCAGAGCAAGGGAAGAAUGUGCCAGGCAGCAAUUGGAGGAGAUCCGGCUGAAAAAUGAACCAAAGGAACAAUUGGCAAAGGGGAAGAAGAAAGAAGCGAAGGACACCAGCCUGCAAGGAGAGUCAGGAGGCGAGCCACAAAUGUUUGAUCUACUCUCCAGAAAAAUCCCUGGUGACUCAAGCUACAGGAAAUUAAAAAAAGAGGAUACCAUAGACAUCAUGAAACCGUUGGAUAUUAUUGAAGAGGAGGAGCUGCAGCGACUCAGUGGGCUACUGCAGCGGGAGAACCUCCUCCGAGCUCUGGGUGUUAUCGAGCAAGUUUACCGCAUAUUGCAAAACACUCCCGGUGUUAACUGCAGUGUUCAAACUGCUCCUCCAUAUGCUCCUAACCAGAAUAAAUCAUUGGUUUACCAAACCUCGUAUAGACCCUUCCAGGAGAUGGAAGGUUUGGCAUACAUUGGUCCCUUAUCCUCUUUCGAAAGGAAUACUACGGCAGAGCUGGGGAUCCUCAAUCCUUCUACCAUAAACUGGUCCACACUGCUGAAUCCUAGAGGCCAGGUUCCCAUCAGCCACAAGGGAAAUCCCAGUCUGGGAAUUGGACUCCCCCUUCAGCGCUUUAACCAUCGCUGUCCCAUGCGUAGGGGUCUGACUUGGACAGCAGGGAACCCUUUACAAAUGUCAUUUGAAACUGUUGUCACGUCGAGAACUGCAGGGUCUACAGAGUUACGAAUGAGUUAUCCUCGUUCACCAAGUGCCAAAUUAAGCUCUGAAAACUCCCUGACAGAGUCAAAAGGGUACCAAAGCAAGAGCAUGCCAUCAGAUUGUGGAACCAGCCUCAACAUACCAAUGAGUACAGCACGAGUGAGCACCACAGGCAGUGGCUCCAAUAUGUGGAACAUGAAGAUGAAUGUAAUCAACCCUGCAAGCCAUGGGCUGACGGUGGUGUCAGCCCGGGCCCCCAUCAAUCAACGAGCUCACUUAACAAGACGAGCAAAUAUACUGAGCUUAUUCCAGUCCAAUAUCAACAGACGGCUGAACUAAUUUCGAGAAGCGGAUUGCUGGAUUCCCUUUCCACCUCUUCAAGCUGGAGAACGGUUUCACCACCUUGUGAAGUUUAUGUUUUUAAACUCCUUCUCCCCAGGGUGGGAUGUGGUGGAAAAAAAUAAAUGGACCUGAGCAUGAACAAAGAAGAGAGACAAAUGUAUUUCCAUGUUGGCAGCAGGAAGUCAGAGACACCGUACUGGGUCUGAACAGGUUCCAUUACACAAUCCAUGGUUGAAUAGGGAAGAUGGACAGUUUGCCAAAGGUUGACGAAUGUUCAGGCAUUCUGCUAAGAGUUGAACAAAUUAAGCCAAAUAAAUGAAAAUGAUAUGGGUUUCUUUUAAACUUUGUCUUGCUAAAGUAUUUUUUCUUCACAUGGAUUGUCUGUUUUAGCAUUACAUAAUUUUUUUCCCUCCUAUGGUAGCUGAAACCCUUACACAGCUGUAAACAAGAUAUUACAUAGAUCCGGUUACUUGUACCUUUCUCUGUCCCUGAAGUUUUAUCAUCAUCAAUGUAACAACAAAACCAUUAAAAUUCCAUUCAACGGUUGCA